AUGCGUGGCGGGCCCCUUCCGGUCGGUGACGCCCUCCCGCAUGCGCACGUGCGGGUAGCCGGWGGCAGGGAGCGCGGGGGGCGGGGCUUCUCCCACGGCGCGCACGUGCGGACGGCGGCGCGCGUGGCGCCCCCCCGCGGCGGCGGCGCGAUGGAGCUGGAGGCGGCGCGGCGCGCGGUGCUGGCGGCCGUGAGGGGCACGCGCGCUGCCGACCUGCCGCGCCUGCUGCACUGGAUGCGCAACACCCAUGACUUUGAUGAGCUUGUGGUGAGUAACAAUGAUGUUGUGCUCAGAAAUAUCGCUGAAGAUUUGAGGAAUCGCUUACCCAUGGAGGCAAUGUUUACUUCAGAACAUCAAGCUGUUCAGAAAAUACACCAGCAUCCACUGCCCAUGAUUCAUGUUGAUGCAUUCCUUUAUGAUGAUGAUGYUGUUGAUUCAUUGUGUGAGGAGGGGAAAAUGAGUAGGAGCUACUGCACAGAGUGUGGCUCUUACAAAACUGCCUCUUUAGAGUUUAUUUCGCAUUCCUUUUCCCUCAUGGAACUGAAGUUUCUUUAUCAACAUGUACUGCCUGACCUGACAGGAAAGGUAGUGGUUGACGUUGGCUCCAGGCUUGGUGCAGUGCUAUUUGCGGGUUAUCUUUAUAGCUCAGCUUCCCAGCUGUGUGGAGUAGAAAUGAAUGCAGACUUUUGCCAGUUGCAAGAAAUGAUGAUUACAAAGUACAAGUUCAUUGACAGAAUACAGGUGGUUCAUGCAGACAUCUGUACUCAGCCCUCACUUCUGCAGAAGGCUGAUGUUGUUGUAAUGAAUAAUGUCUUUGAAUAUUUUCUUGACAGACAGGAACAGGCCAGAGCUUGGGAAUUUAUUGCUUGUAAUGUAAGGAAGAGAGGGUCGUUAUUAGUGACCGUUCCAAGUCUUGAAGAAUCACUUUCAAAGCUCCAGACAGAUGUGCAACUCAGUCAAUGGGUCGAAGAGGUGCAGCUAAACUACGAUGUGUAUCUGGAAAAGGAUGUUGACAGAGAAGCACUCGAACAGAUACAUUUAUACAAGAUUCUCUAGUGCCUGGAAAAAUUUACUAGUAUCCUUAUGRUAUAUAUUUUGGGCUUAAAAUUAAUUUGUAUUGAUUUGUGUGAAUAAAUCAGGUCAAAAAUCAUKCUGUGAUUCAUCUGAUUCAUAU